AGAUCUUACUGACAUUCAAAUAUAGGCACAAAACUGUGAUAAAUAUGCCUCCGGUGUGUAAAAUAUGUGUCAAAUACAGGCACCUCUUUAAAAAAAAAAAAAUUCUAUUGCCUCACAGGGGAGGGGCAGGAGACCCUACAAUAAUCAGUAGCAACAAUUUUUACUACACAAAGAAGUUAUUUUCCUAGUAGUUAUUCUUUAUAAUCUCCAUUCAGUGUUAGUUUCAGCAGCGAUUUCUUAAUUUCAUACCUUUAAACCACCUCACUCUUUAAAUACCAUUUUCCUUUUGUCAUUACUAAAAUGAUAAAUUAGAACCAUUAGAUAGAAGACAAUCGUGUAAAUUUGUAUUUAAAGAUUCUUUCUUAGGAAGUUGUUCUUGAACCUGGACUAUUUUAACACUCAAAUAACAUGCAUUGCUUGAAGUUUUCUUUCUUCGAAAGGAUACUUUCCAUUAUAAUUUUUAAAAAGGCAGUAUUAAUUUAUGAGUGGUGCAGAAAAUAUCUAACCUUUAGAUGUAACUAUAACAGGGAUGUUUUCUCAAUUAGACUGGUGUAUUUCAGAGAUUUUGUUGUUGCUGUUUAUAAGAUGCACCAGCAACGGCUAUCUGUGAUUCCUUUGGUGCUCUUCCAUGGUUAUCAAAAAUAUUGCUUAGUUUAUUUCACUCGUAUUUAAGUAGGUUGUAGGAAUGAUUUUAAUAUCUAAAUUACCUAUAAUAGAAUGACUAUUGAGACCCUUCUUGAUUUCUAAGGAAAAUAAAACUUCUUGAAGCCUUUUCUUUUUCCCUCAUGAGAUCUGCCUGAAAAUUCUGAGUUGCUUGGACUCUGGACUGUUGUGAUCCAUGCUGCCUAAUAAGUAGGCCUCAUCUCUGUCCCUGCAAAUUGCUUUUUUCAGAUAACUGUCAUUGUGUGGCAUUGGGAUGAUCUGAAAUGGGAGGAAAUAUUUUAUGUGCAAGGGAUCGGCAAUGCUUUUGUUUCUUGUGCCUUCAUUUUGUUCUGAGUCAAUAUAGAAUUCACGAAAUGUCUAGGUAUACACAAAUUCGUGACUUUUGGAUAGCUGGAAGUUAUAGCUAUAGAUUGUGAAAUAUGCCUCAAUUUAACUUAGCAAGAGGAGUUUUCAUUUCUGCAUGGUUUCAUCUUUGUGGGAAGUUGUGGUACAAUGCCCAUUGCUGUUCAGUCAAUUCCAACUCUUAGUGACUGUGUAAGACAGAGUGGAACUGCCCCAUAGGGUUUCCAAGGCAGUAAUCUUUACAAGAGUAGAUUGCCAAGUCUUUUUUCCCUCAAAGCAGCUGGUGGGUUCAAACCACCAACCUUUGGGUUAGCAGCUGAGUGCUUAACCACUGUGCUACUAGGACUCCUUUGCGGCACAAUACAUGGAAUAAAUAGGAACAUGACAGUAUACAAUUAGCUGACAUAGUGAGAAGAAAGAAGAGAAAACACAAAUGAAUAUAGACAAAUCCUAUCUGAAGAAAGAUUGUUAAAGAUAAAAAGGCUCUAUAAAUGUUUUGGAAAUGUUCAGUUGGCCUGAAAUGUUGUCAAACAUACACAGAUGCUGGUAACAGGAAUACCCUUCCAGAAUCAGAGAGGGACAUAUUUUUAAAUACCUAAGAGAACAGUGAAUGAUAUAUUAUCUAAUAUCACAUGGAAGAAUAUGUUUUGUUUAAAUGGAAACUGGUUUUCUUUUAAAAGUAAUAUUUCUGGUUAAAUAAAUUACUGUAUAUCAUAUAAGGACUACUACACAGCUAUAAGAAAUAAAUGAAAAGCUUUAUGUACUGAAGUGAGAUAGUCUUCAAGAUAUAAAGAGUGAGAAAAGCAAGGUGCAUAACAUGGUGUAUAGUAUACUUCCGUUUGUGCAAAAAAAGGAGGAAAACAUUCAUAAAGAUGUGAUGGACUAUGGGCAACAUAUUUCUGGAAGGAUACACAGGAAAGGUAACAGUGGUUUCUCCUGUGAGAAACGUGUUGUUGAAAGGAGAGAUGAGAAGGAGAUCUUAUAUAAUAUGCCAUUUGUGCCUUUUUGAAUCUGGAACGAUGUGAAUAUGGUGGUACCUAUUUAAAAAACAAAUAUUCUUUGUAAAUCCAAAAAGAGGAAAAAUAUUUCCUUGUAAUUCACUGGUGCAGUUUCCGGGAAAGCCUCUGGGCGUCGCUGUAGGUCAAAGGAAGAGUAAAUAUCAGAGACGAGUUGGAAACGUCUUAAAGGGUAAUUUCCUGUUCAAACACACCACACGGAGGACAGUACAGGUUCGGAUACAGGAAAACAAAAGCAGGAGAAGUGACCCUACCCUGGAUUCUGCCAUCCACGGGAGGCUUACUCUUUCUCUCGGACCCAAGAGCCGCUUGGCGGCGAAGAAGACAAAGGAUGAGAAGGAGCGCAGGGCGGCGGCAGGUACUGGUGCCUUUCCUAUUGUCUUUGUUCAGCGGGGCUCUCCCGGACCAGAUCCGCUAUUCAAUUCCUGAGGAGCUGGCCAAGAACACGGUGGUGGGGAACCUCGCCAAGGACCUGGAGCUCCGUGUCCGGGACUUGCCGGCCCGAAAGCUGCGAGUUAGCGGAGAGAAGGAAUAUUUUACUGUAAACCCAGAGAGCGGAGACUUACUUGUAAGUGGCAGAAUAGACCGAGAGCAGAUUUGCAGCAAGAAGCCUCUGUGUGUUCUGGAUUUUGAUGCUGUCGCUGAAAACCCACUAAAUAUUUUCCACGUAGCAGUAAUUGUGCAGGAUAUAAAUGACAACACUCCGCUAUUCAAACAGAGUAGUACUGAUUUAAAAAUUAGCGAAUCCACUCAGCCAGGUACAACAUUUCCACUAGACCCAGCUCUGGAUUCAGACGCUGGGCCUAAUUCACUGCAAAGAUACCACCUUAAUGAUAAUGAAUACUUUGAUCUCUCAGAGAAACAGACUCCAGAUGGACGUAAAUACCCUGAGUUAAUUCUGAAACAUUCUCUGGACAGAGAAGAGCAGAAUUUCCAUCAACUGCUCCUCACAGCUGUGGACGGUGGGAACCCACCCCAAAGUGGCACCACCCUGAUCCGAAUUCAAGUCAUUGAUGCCAACGACAACCCCCCGGUGUUCAGCCAGGACUCUUACAGGGUCAGCCUGCGGGAGGACGUGUCCCCGGGCACUUCGGUACUUAGAGUAACAGCUACCGACCGGGAUGAGGGCGUCAACGCUGAAAUCACCUACUCCUUUUAUAAUGUGGACGAACAAGUGGUACACUUUUUCACCUUAGACGAAAGAACAGGAGAAAUCGUGACAAAAGAUUACUUGGAUUUUGAAGUUGCCAAUACUUACACUCUGAGUAUAGAAGCAAAAGAUCCUGGAGAUCUAGCAGCCCAUUGCAGUAUCCAAAUAGACAUUCUUGAUGAGAACGAUUGUGCACCUGAAGUGAUGGUGACUUCAUUAUUUACUCCCCUACCAGAAGAUUCACCUCGAGGAACAGUGAUCGCCUUGAUCAAAACGAGAGACAGAGACUCUGGAGAAAAUGGAGAAGUUUACUGCCGCGUCUUUGGAAAUGGCGAGUUUAUAUUGAAAUCAUCCUCGAGGAACUAUUACAAAUUAGUGACAGAUGGCGCCCUGGACCGCGAGCAGAUCCCAGAGUACAACAUCACCAUCACUGCCACGGACAGGGGCAAGCCACCCCUCUCCUCCAGUACAAGCAUCACCCUGCACAUCGCGGAUAUAAAUGACAAUGCUCCGGUUUUCCAACAGUCCGCCUACGUGGCCCACAUGGCUGAGAACAACCCGCCUGGCGCCUCCAUCGCGCAGGUCAGCGCCUCCGACCCGGACUUGGGGCCCAGUGGCCAAGUGUUCUACUCCAUCGUGGCCAGCGACCUGGAACCGCGAGCGCUGUCGUCCUACGUGUCUGUGAACGCACAGAGUGGGGUGCUGUUCGCGCAGCGGGCCUUCGACCACGAGCAGCUGCGCGCCUUCGAGCUGACGCUGCAGGCGCGUGACCAGGGCUCGCCUGCGCUCAGCGCCAACGUGAGCCUGCGCGUGCUGGUGGACGACCGCAAUGACAAUGCGCCCAGGGUGCUGUACCCAACGCUGGGGCCCGAUGGCUCAGCGCUCUUCGACACCGUGCCUCGCGCUGCGCAGCCAGGCUACCUUGUCACCAAGGUGGUGGCCGUGGACGCAGACUCCGGACACAACGCCUGGCUGUCUUACCACGUGCUGCAAGCCAGCGAGCCGGGCCUCUUCAGCCUGGGGCUGCGCACGGGCGAGGUGCGUACUGCACGAGUCUUGGGCGACAGAGACGCGUCCCGCCAGCGCCUGCUGGUCUCUGUGCGAGACGGAGGGCAGCCGCCUCUCUCAGCCACUGCCACGCUGCUCCUGGUCUUCGCAGACAGUCUGCAGGAGGCGCUACCAGACCUCAGCGACCGCCCGGCGCAGUCCGACCCACAAGCGGAGCUGCAGUUUUAUCUGGUGGUGGCCUUGGCCUUGAUCUCCGUGCUCUUCCUCCUCGCGGUGACUCUGGCCAUUGCCCUGCGUCUGAGACACUCCUCCAGCCCCGCCGCCUGGGGCUGCUUUCAGCCUGGUCUUUGCUCCAAGUCUGGACCUGGGAUUCCCCCAAACUACAGUGAGGGAACAUUGCCCCAUUCCUACAAUGUGUGUAUUGCCUCGCAAUCGGCUAAGGCAGAAUUUAAUUUUCUCAACGUGACUCAGGAAACGGCUCCCAGUCGGGAUCUCCUCUGCGAUGAUGCCUCUUGGGUUCCUAGUGCAAAUCCUGGAGACACUGGAAUCCCAUUUAACUCAGAUACUAUUUUAAAGGUGAGUUUUACUUAUUUCCACCUUAUGUUUUUUUUUUUUUUAAUGUUUUAAUGUUUCUUAAAUCACCUAACAGGUAGAGGUUUCCAGGUCAUAUUUUGUUAUCUUGUGGGUCAGAUUUGGACAGUUUUCUGCCCUAACUAUCUUAAUCUCGUCUAACCAACUUUUAGAUGUGGUUUAUCUAUCUGAGGUGUCGGAUUUGUUUGUCCAUAAUUACAGGCAUUUAUCACGUGAGAUAAUUCUUUUUCUUCCUCAUCUUUACAUUACAUUCUUUUCCUCCGAAGAUUUAUUACUAUUGGGACCUUGAGUAAUUGCUUUUACCUUUAGGGUCUUUAUUACUCAAAUUUUAGUUUUUCUUCCUCUUAGAAUCAUAGUACUUCAGACUGUGAUGACUCCUCAUAUUACUAGUUUGGGGAAACGGGGAGCCAAAGGAAGAGUUUUAUCCAAAUUGUCAACCACAGGGCAUGGGUAGAACUUGUUUCCGCCGACGUGAAGACCAGUAGGCUAUGUAUCUUUACAAUCAAAGUGUCUAUGUACAAUGUAAGUAUAAAAAGGAUAGGGAAAGCUUGAGGUCUGAGGAGUCUGCUAUGAAGGUCACAUUUAAUCAAUGUUCAAAAUAACUUUCUCAUGCAUAUUAAUGAAUUGCUCUUGAAAAAUAUUGUUUAAUUGAGAAAAUUUUGCAACAUAUACUGACAUUUUAUACCAAAUAGUACUGAAAGCUUUAUCUCUUUUGGAAGCCUCCAAUUAUAGAUAUAGAAUAUCUUCCCUUUCCUUAUUUUCUUCUGAAAGUGUCAUUAAGUAAAAAUUGCUUCUGUCACUUGAUAGACUCUCUGAAAUAUUCAUUUUUUUAUCAUAGGGUUUUUCUUUUUCUACUACCAUAUUGAGGUGAUAAGAUUAAAUAUCUGUCUCAACAUAGAAAGACCACUCACUGCCUGCUUGAUAAUAAGUAUCUGGGCAUGUUUUCCUGCACCUGUGAUGAACUAAAGUCAUUUCCUCCACAGUCACUAUACUGAUUUCCACUAACAGUCUAUUGUAAAAUGCCUAACAGUGUUUGAACAGAUAAUAGAAGAUAGAAAUGAUGCAUAGAAAAGCCAACUGAAACUCUCAGUCUGAUGUAGUGCAGCUCAUUUUUUUAUUGUGCAAUCUGGAAACUUUCUCAAAGACCUCACAAGUAACAAAAUGGCCUCUUUAUUCUUUCUGCAUAUGAAAGCUAAUACAACAUUUAUAUGAGCCAGUAGGUCCUCUGCAAAUGUGCAUUGAGAGCUGCGUU